GUUUUCGAGGAUUGCACACGCACAGAUAGAUGGCACUGACUGAAACAUUAUUCGGUUCUUAACUUGUAUCUCAUUCUUUCCACGUUUGGUGCUUUCGAAGCUUCGAGUACAUAUAAAUCGCAAAAAUGGUUGCUCAAAGAAAGCAGAAAAAGGACAAAGAUAGCAUAAACAAUACGCUUGCCCUUGUUAUGAAAUCGGGCAAGUAUGUAUUGGGAUACAAGCAGACACUGAAAUCUCUUCGGCAAGGCAAAGCUAAGCUCGUCAUAAUUGCAAACAAUACUCCUCCUUUAAGGAAAUCUGAGAUCGAGUACUAUGCUAUGCUGGCAAAAACAGGUGUACAUCACUAUACUGGAAAUAAUAUUGAGUUGGGGACAGCAUGUGGAAAGUAUUUCCGUGUUUGUACCCUUUCAAUUACAGAUCCUGGAAAUUCUGAUAUCAUAAAAUCAGUACCUACAGGUGAUCAUGCAUAAGAAAUAAAUUUUGUUUAUUAAAA